CUUUAGAGCAAUGACAGAGCUGCACCAGGCCGUAGCAGCGGGAGAUACGGAGAAGGUGAAAGAGAUUCUGACUCUGCAGAGAUGCUGUCCCAAUCAGAAAGACAUCGACUGGAGCUCCAAGACACCUUUGCACUGGGCAGCAGCUAAUGGAGAUACAGAGAUCAUCAGGAUCCUCAUAGAGCACGGAGCCAGGCCGUGUCUGAGGACUGAGCACGGGUGGACUCCUGCCCACUUCGCUGCAGAGUCCGGUCGGCUGGCUGCGCUGCGGCUGCUGCACUCGCUCCAUGCGCCCAUAGACAAGGAGGACUGCUGUGGAGACAAACCUGUAAGGAUAGCCGAAAUAUAUGGACACCAAGACUGUGUUCGAUUCCUUAAAAAAGCAGAGCCUGAGGGCCAGGCCUACCGCAAGAAAGCGGCUCAAGCAGGAGUUUCAGUAGAUGACACAGAUGAGGAGUGGAUACAGCAAGACAAAGAACACGAAGAAAAUAUUGUUGCUAAGAGCUGCAAUAAGACGUAGACUGCAAUCUGGUUUAACCAAAACAUCUCUUUUAACAAAAUCUAUCCACGUGUGAAAAGCCUUUUGCCCUAAUGUUUCGCUUCUAUCAUACCAGCUAAAACAUGCCCUGCAAUGUUAUUCUGAUCACACUUGGUAUUUGUGUAAACUAAGCUAACCUAUCAAGACCGAAACAAAUAUACAGCUGAUGCAAAGGAUAACACAAACAAUCAUAAGGCUCAGUGAUACAUUUAUAUACUGUAUGUACAAAUCGUAAUAACCAUUCACAUGAAAAGGUCAAUGUGCUCUUAUGAAGUUAUCUUUAGUGAUGCACAAAUGUGAAACUAGCUUUACACGAUGAAGGUGGUUUUAUUUCUUCCAUGUUAACUCCGAUUUGGUGGUGCUCUCGCUGACACUGGAUGCUGGAGCCUGGAGAUCAGAAGAAGAAAAAAUGUGAUGGGAACAAAUAGCCACAGUCAUGUACAAACAUGUAAUUCUAGUGCUUGUGCACCUACUUUCUUCCGUAAGUACUUCCGUAGAGCCUCACGGGUCUGUAGAAAUGAAUGAUAGUAGGAAGUUAUUAAAUUGAUCAAAUGGCACGAAAAUCUUUAAGAUUAACCAUGAUGAAAAGUGGCAGUUAUCUAUAACUGCUUUCAACAGUGUACACAACCCUAUUAGAAAGCCAGGUUUUGGAGACUUAAAAAGUUGAGGACAUAAUAAAUUAUUUCAAAUCUUUUUUCACAUUCAAUGUGACACAUAUCCUGUACAAUUUAACGACAUAAUAAACAAACCUUUAGAACAAAAAUGCUGCAACAACCUGAUUGCAGAAGUGUGCACACCUUUAAACCAAUACUGUGGUUGACCAACAUUUGAAUUCAGUUUUCUUUGGUAGGAGAACUGGGCUUGGCAAUGUUUGCCCACUUUACCUCGCCAAUGUUCGCCAAAAUAACAGAUUGCCCUUAUUAGGGACCCCAAUGAUUUGUUGUCAGAUUUAACUCUGAACUCUGGAUAGGGCCAUUCCAAAACGUCAAACUUUCUUUAGCUAAGCCAUAUUUCUGUUUGUUUUGAGAUAUUUUCAAACCCACAUAAAAUCCCCCAUCAGCCUUUAACUUUCAGGCAGACCUCUGAAGGUUUUGGGUCAAACCUGACUGGUUAAAUAAAAUCCUACUCCUUGACAAACAUCCCAGUUCCAUAAAGAUAUAAGUAACUCAUGACACUAGCAUGAUCCUGUCGCCACCAUGUUUUACUUUGAAUAUGGUGUUUGUUAUUUUGGUGUGCUGUGUUUUUGUAUUGCUUGCUGGCCUUGUGGUCAAAAGUUCAACUUUGGUUUACUCGGACCAUAAAAACAUUCUGCCACAUGUUUUGGGAUAUUUUGGUGUUGUCUGGAGGUGUUGCUUGGAAGGAAAAAAAAGCUUUGGAUUUUUGAUACUCUACUCCUGGUUGAUACCUUUGUACAAUGAGAUCAUUUUGAUCUAAAAAAUGUUUUGUUUGCUAAAUAUGCAAUUGAGCAAUCGUCUUAUGGGGAUAGCUAAACAUAAUUGACUGUAGAGAUAAACCCAAGAGCUCUGAAUGCUGUAAUUAAUUCAGAAGGUUCUUGAACAAUCAAGUUCAGGGUGUGCACACAUGCAGCCGGACCAUCUCAGCCUUUUCCUCCCUUUCCCUUAAGCAAGUUAUCUUUUCAGAUGAAUAAAACAGGAAAUCUGUCACAUUAUAGAUUAAAAAAAGUAAAAAACACCUGAUAUUUCAACACCAGUCUAUACACCUUUUAAAGUAGCUAUAAUUAUACAAAUUGGAACAUUUGCCACUCAGACAGUGUAACAUAAUUAAGCAACAUCAUUAUCUGGCUCAUUUGUCAUUGCCUUACCAUUCUGUCGCCAAGGCAUGUUGUCAACAAAAUGAAAAA